AUUCAUAAUUUAAAACUUAACCAAUUGAGUUUGUCUUUCGCGGUGUAAGUUAUUUUCAAUAAGUCUCCGGAUAAUACUCACAGCUAUUGUUUUUAAAAUAAUAUCAGUAAAAUUUCGAAAAUGGAAGUGUGCAACUACAUUAAUAAUAUUGGACAAGAACAUCGCGAUGACGAUGAUUUCGAUGUUAAGUUUUACAAAGAAAUGGGAAAUAAUUUACCUGUUAUUAACAGUUUGGAUGAUUUAAUCAAAGAAUUAAGGCUCAUUUUCGAAAGUGACAAAGUUAAUAUUGAUUUAGUCAGUUAUGUGAUGAAAUCUUACAAGUCUUGUCCAGCAGACUGGAAAAGAUAUGCCAAAUUUGAUAGAUUUAGUCUCUUGGGACGUUCUGACGCUGACCAAUCAAAUAACUCCUUCAUUACCUUGGAACAUCUUGGUGAUUUUUCCUGUGAUCCACUCGGCAAGCGAUACACCAGAAACUUAGUCGAUGCUGGAAAUGGAAAAUACAAUUUAAUGGCUGUUUGUUGGGGUGAAGGGCACGGCUCAGCUAUUCACGACCACGCAAAUUCUCACUGUUUUAUGAAAAUGCUACAGGGAUCAUUAGAAGAAAUUCGAUUUGCGUGGCCAAAAUCUCAGGGUGAACAGCUAAGAGAAAUCGGUCGAACACGUUUAGAAGUUAAUGAUUGCGCCUAUAUUAACGAUUCUAUUGGUCUUCACAGAGUUGAAAACGUAUCCAGUGUUGAUACAGCAAUUAGUUUACACUUAUAUUGUCCUCCUUACAGCAAGUGUCAAGUGUUUAAUCAAAACACAGGAAAUAAAUCAACUGCUAAUGUUACAUUUUAUUCUGCGUUUGGAAAACGUAUUAGGGAAAAUAAGGAGAUCGUUGAACCCGAAGACAACUAAAACGAACAAAUUACGGGAUGCUCUUAGAUUUUUAGAUUAUCCGCUUUCUGUGACUUUUACUAGGUUUUACAAAAGAUUUUAUCCCUUUUUGUGAAAUAAAAAUUAAUAUUU